CUGCAGGUGAGCAGUGGUGUGGAGAGUCAGCUCUGUCUUCCUACGUGCCCACGCAGUGGUAGCUCCCUGGAACUGUCUGUCCCUCUGGAGCCUUGGCACAUCCCUCUUUCAGAACUCGCUACCAAGAGACCUGAACAGGAGCCACCAUGCAGUGCUUCAGCUUCAUUAAGGCCAUGAUGGUCCUCUUCAAUUUCCUCAUCUUUCUGUGUGGUGUGGCCCUGUUGGCGGUGGGCAUCUGGGUGUCAGUCGAUGGACCAUCCUUCCUGAAGAUCUUUGGACCACUGUCGUCCAGUGCCAUGCAGUUUGUCAACGUGGGCUACUUCCUCAUUGCAGCUGGCGCUGUGCUCUUUGCUCUUGGUUUCCUGGGUUGCUACGGUGCUCACACUGAGAACAAAUGUGCCCUCAUGAUGUUCUUCUUCAUCCUCCUCGUCAUUUUCAUUGCUGAGGUCGCAGCUGCUGUGGUCGCCCUGGUGUACACCACGAUGGCUGAGCACUUGCUGACGUUGCUGGUGGUGCCUGCCAUCAAGAAAGACUACGGUUCCCAGAAGGACUUCAGCCAAGUGUGGAACACCACCAUGGAAGGGCUCAAGUGCUGUGGCUUCAACAACUAUACAGAUUUUGAGGACUCUCCCUACUACUUCAAGCAAAACUUCACCUUUCCCCCAUACUGUUGCUUUGAUAAUGUCAAUGGCACAUCCAUGGAAACCUGCACCAAAGAGAAGGCCAAAGACAAGAUUGUGCAGGGUUGCUUCAUUCAGCUUCUACAUGGCAUCCAAACCAAUGCAGUCACUGUGGGUGGUGUGGCAGCCGGAAUUGGGGGCUUGGAGCUGGCUGCCAUGAUUGUGUCCAUGUAUCUGUACUGCAAUCUGAAAUAAGUCUGCUUCUGCCUCCACCACUGCUGCCACAAUGGCACUGAGAAGAGACUGUGGUGCAGCCAAGUGACCAUGACAGCGUGGCACAUGAUCCAACAGUAUCACUUAGGCCGGAGUGGACCUGGCCUUGCUCUUCUGGACUUGGAUCAAAUAGGAAUCACCCCUUCAGGCUGUGCCUGACUUUACCUUCCAUUGGUGGGUUUGGGACCCAACUGUUCCAGGGCCUCUAAGGUGGCCAGCCUCUCCCUCCGGGCUGUCCCUUAAACCUUGAUUCCUCUCAGGCCAAGGGGAGCUCUUGCUGAUCCCAGCACUCCACUGGGGAACAAGAGAAAGCUACCCUAAAGCAUGGGCAGUUGCAAGACCGGCAGUCAUGCGGCAGGUGUGUAGAACUCCAGAUCUCAUAAACCAACUAAAAUGUU